AUGGCGUCACUACUGAAGAACCAAAUUCUGAAGCACCUGUCAAAGUUCACCAAGAACCUGUCGCCUGAAAAGCUGCAGAUGAGCACUAUGCGGGGCUCCUUUGAGGUGAACAACAUUGAGCUUAAUGAACAGGUGCUCAUGGAGCUGCUGGAGCUGCCGGUGUGGCUGUCGCUGACCAAGGCCCACUGCAACUACGCUUCAGUCAAGAUAAACUGGAUCAAAAUUAAAACGAUACCCAUUUACAUUGUUCUGGACGAGGUGACCAUCGAGGCGGAAACCUGCGAGGACUUUCGCGAGUCAUCUACAACAACAACAACACUUCUCACCUGCAGAGAGGCCGGCAGCUACGGGUUCAUCAACAAAGUCAUCGACGGCAUCACUCUGUCCAUCAACUCGGUGAACGUUCAGUUUCGCUCCGCCAUCUUCAGCGCCUCCUUUGAGCUGACGCGCAUCACCAUCGAGAGUCGCAGCUGCCUGUGGAAGGCGGUGGACGACCUCUCGAAGACGCGCAUCCGCGACCCGGCGCGCGGACAGGUGCUCGUCUUCAAGCACAUCGAGUGGCAGACGCUGCGCUUUGUCGCCAAGUCGGAGACGAAGCAGUCG